AUGUUCAAAUUCGUGAUUCUUUUCGUCGCCCUCUUCGCUUUGGCAUCUGCUGUCCCUAAACCUCUUUCUCUAGUGUCAAGCAGCCCUUACUACGGAUCUGCUGUCGCUUACUCUGGAUAUCCCGGAUAUGGUUAUGCCCAAGCUGGUCCCUACAGCUUAGGUUACUCUGGAUACUCCGGCGCUUACCCAUAUGCAUACUCAGGAUUGUACAAUAACGGAGUAUACGGAUAUUCUGGACUCUACAACGGUGGAGUUAAUGCUUAUUCUGGACUUUACAACAACGGACUAUAUAGAUCACCUUUGGCAUAUUACUAA